AUGGCGGAGGUGAGAAUCACUACAGCUCCCGAGUGGAUGCUGUCUUCAGCAGCUGCGAUGGACGAAAACAGGACGAUCGCAGUGUUUGAAGUUGCCUACUCCUGGGCUCAUGUCUACAUUGUGUCAAUGUUUCUUGGAUUCCUUAUUAUCUGCAUUACCUGUGGAAAUGCCCUUGUCGUGCUAGCAGUUUUAACCGAACGGCAUCUCAGAGUCGUAUCAAACUAUCUUAUUCUCAGUUUGGCGAUGGCUGAUCUUCUCGUUGCGGUCGUUGUAAUGCCUCUGAGCCUAGUGCAUGAGGUCUCCAAGGUGUGGUGGCUUGGACUGCCCCUUUGCGAUUUGUGGAUAUGCGCGGACGUGCUUCUGUGCACAGUUUCCACCCUUCACCUGUGCGCCAUAGCAAUUGAGCGCUGUCUAGCCGUGAGCAGCCUCGCUUAUUUGCGCCACCGUUCGGCAACUUUUGUGCUAAUUAUGGUGGGCAUCUGCUGGAUCCUCGCUACCAUGGUUAGUCUACCUGCGCGCUUUCACGCCAAGCGACAACUCGAAAUCCCUAAUGUCGUCUACGAGGGCGUCUGCGAGAUCAACAUGGAAGAGGGCUACACAAUCUACUCCAACCUCCUCGCUUUCGACUUGCCGAUGGUCUUCAUUGUCUUAAUGUAUGCUCGCAUCUAUUUUACCGCUCGUCGUCAUAUUAGGAAAAAACACUUUAUCAAGUACCAAACCACUUCGAUCACUAAGAAGGGAAACAGCUGCCAAUCGGCUGCUUCAGUCGAAGGUUCGGAAGGCCAUCGUUAUCACUGUUACUGUUGUGGUUACGUCAUGGAAACAAAAUUCCACAAGGGCAGAACCAUGUUUAAAGUGGAUACAACCCGGUGUUCAGAAAUUCAAUGUUCCAGCUCCUCCGACAAAGUGACAGUGACCACGGAGCCCCCCAAAACUAUUGUUGCAGCAGCAGUGACGGCGAUGCGUAUGGCGGCGACAAUGAUUGGCACAACAAAGGAACCCGAGUUGGGGAACUACGACUUCGAAAUCUCAGACAGUGAAGAAACAUUCAAUGUAAACCCCUUUAACCCUUUAAAGAAUUCUAAUUUUGACGACGAAUCACAAAUCCACGAAAGUUUUCAAAUGAAUUGUCAGCCCUUGACAUAUGAUGUUCUGCGUAGUCUACAGAAGCAAAAAGAGCUGACUUCAAACCGAGAGGUAGUAGCACCUUCAUCGGGAAAAGGGAUGGUGCGUGAGCUUUCUAUCUACACAAAUCGUUCCUCCAUUCUGUAUGCAGAUGAAAAUUCCAAACCCAAUUCCCUUUCCUCUAGCCUGUACUCCUCGAUGAUACACGCCUCAGACUCGAGGGAGAUAGAGAACAGAAACACCACUGAGGAACAUCAGCUACGCAACUUUGUGCCCCUAUACAUUUACAAUAAAAAACGAAGGCAACGACGAUGGCUAGCACAGGGAAGGAUUUUUAAUAAGAAGGCUAGUGAGGUUAUGAAGAAUCUGUCGGUGAGUGAACCAGAUUCAGGCAUAAGGCCCGAGGAGGAACGCUAUGUGCGAGAGCGUCUGGAGCAAAAACGCGAGCGUCGAACGGUGAGAACAUUGGCGAUAAUCACAGGCUGUUUCGUCCUGUGUUGGCUUCCCUUUAACAUUAACGCCUUGCUCUCACCGUUCUUUGGACGAAUUCAUCCCAUUGGCACGUCAGUACUGCUCUGGCUAGGAUACCUUAAUUCCCUCCUCAACCCCAUCAUUUACACCAUCUUUUCAAGGGAUUUUCGCAGUGCCUUCCGAAGAAUCAUUUGUCAAGGUCCACGAUUAAGGUGUUUCCAUUGA